AUGUCUACUGAAACUGAUAAUACAUUUUCGAUAGAAAAUUAUUCAAUACAGAAUGGUGAAUAUUAUUUCUAUGAAAGAUUCUUCUCUUACGUAGAAAAAAUGGACUGUGGAUCAGUUAAUAAUAAAAUGUAUAAAGCAAAUAUGAACAAAUGUUUAUUAGUAAUAAGUUAUACGGAAGGGAGAACACUUCGUAAUUAUUUAGACGAGAGAUUUUCUUUAAUGGGUUGGGAAAUUAAAUGCAGAUUUGGUUGUGAAAUAUCAAAUGCAAUACGUUAUAUGCAUAUUAAUGGGGUAGUACACGAAGACUUAAAUUCAAACAAUAUACUCGUACAUCAAAAUUCAAUAAGAAUAUCAGAUUUCGGUCUAAGCAGACGCAUUAAAAACAAAAGCAAAAUUUCAUAUGAUGCAUUACCUUAUGACGCUCCAGAAGUAUUUAAUAUUAAAGUUGAAAAGUGGUACUUACCAGAACAAAUAGAAAAGUUAAAAAAAUGUAAUGUUUAUAGCGUCAGGGUGUUACUUUGGGAACUGUAUAGUGGAAAAAUACCUUUUUCUGAUAGAGAAUAUAAUGCUAAUUUGGCUAAAGAAAUUAGGGUACACCUGAAGAAUACUCCAAAAUCUUGGAACGGCGAUCCAGAUAUGAGACCAACAAUUCACGAAGUUAUUACGGCAAUGCUUACAUAUACUGGGCAUCAAAUACUUAAAGAUUAUAAAUUGGAUCAUGGAUUAUUCAUUGAUGGAUAUGACAUAAAACUCGGUAAACAAGCUGCCGUACUCGUUGAAAGUGUUGAAUUAAAAGAUUCAAAAUUUCAUAAAGAUAUUCAACAUUCAGUAUAUACCUCAAUAAAUGAUAGCAAUUCCAAAUGUUUCAAUGAAAAUUUAAAACCAUCAGACAUAUGCAUUGAUCUUCCUAUCAUUGAAUUCACUUUUAAUGUUAAUAAUGUUGAUUCGCUAAAAUCUUUUUCAAAUAAUGAGAAAGGAAUGUACGACCACUUGGUGUUCGCAAAACGAUUUAUAAUUGGUCAAAGAUUAUAUAUUGAUAAUCUUUCAUCAUUCACAUCAAAACAAAUUAAUACUUUUAAAUUAUUUCUAAUUCGGGCGCUUGAUUCAGCAAAAUCUAUCAUAAAAAUCAAUUUAAUGAUUUUUUCAGUUUAAAUUUUUUUCCAAAAAUAAGAACGUUUAAUGAAAAAAGCUUAAAUAA